GCUAUGCAAGUAAAAACGGUGCAUGCUAAUAACAGAGAAAACUUGAAACUGAAAUAAUUUACAGACUGGAGACUUUUGUUUCCUAGAGGCCUACUAUGUCUUCCUUGCACCAAAGACCAUUUAUGCAUUUGCUGACAACUCUGCUGCUGGUUCAUGUAGCUGUUCACUCAAGUCAUGGCCUAUCCGUGACUUUUGACUGGUCCUCGAACGUCACUACUAGGCAAGUACUCCAGCUGCGAAUUGGAGAUGAACUCAUUUUGCAAUGUGUCGAAAAUUUCGUCUCGGACAUUGUGCAACAGACCCUUGCUCAAGUAGAUGCCUGUAACAGCAGUAUAGAUAACCCAAAUGCUGAAGAUCCUGCCUCGGUGGGCUCCUGUUUUGGAGGUGUUAGUUUUGUGCCUAUAGAACUGCUAACAUCUUCAGGAGUACCACUACCAGCUGCAUCAGUAUACCAAGCUGGGGAGAACUACUAUUACACCAGUUAUUCUGCUGUAAACGCAACAACAGCGAUAGGUGGUGGUUUUUUUGAUGGAACAGCUGGAGGGCAGUGCUCUGCUGGUCUCCAACUGGAGAUACAGAUUCUCAAUGCUCUCCUAUAUCCACUAGCGAUCAAUCAUCAGAAGCUGGGAGGUACUCUAGAGAAACACAACGACAGAUCUACCUACUGUAGACAACACUGAAGCCUCAACCAUGGAUGUAGAUGGAUCAAUAGACGGUGCCAGUCAGAUGAGAUGCUGCACAUAUCUGACCACCGUUAUUUCUGUUGUAUUGUGUGUCUUACUGUCAAAGGUUCUGUACUAGCUUUCACGCACAGUGUAUAUAUAUAGUUAUGUGAUGACAAAUCACUUUAUUUUUAACCAUAUACGUCUUUUAUGCAUCAUCAAUAUAGUUACUUGCAUGACCUGGACAUUUCAUCGUUAACUCUAAGACUAUAUUAGUGAGAACCUUAUAUCAUUCGGCUUUCUGUUCUGUAUGUUGUUUAUGUGUAUUAUACA